GGCUUUAUAUUCCACGCGAAAGCGCAGCCCACGCGCCGAGAAGCCCGGAGGCAAACGCUCGCUUCGCUGCGGGAGUGGCGGCGCGAGUCCGCCCGUACUGGCGCUCCAGCAGAUGAAACCGCUCGGCCAGCGCGUGAAAAAGGCAAACGCACUCACGCCGAAACGCUCGUGAGAGCUGCAGCGACAGAAGGCCGGAGAGUCGCGGGAUUCGACAGAUAAGCCGCUACUGAUGAUGUCUUUCCAAACGAGUCACUUAAACGACACCUUCAGCGUGAGCGACAAGGACCCGGUCCGUUUUCUGCACGAGCAAUGGAACGACUCCCCAACGGGGACUCUCUCGCGAGCGGGACUCGUCGCCCUGUCCGUUUUCCUAGGUCUGAUAAUGACUUCGGGCUUUUUGAAUAAUGUCGUCGUCCUGGCACUCUUCUGCAAAUUCAAGACACUUCGGACGCCGGUGAACGUGAUCCUCGUGAAUAUCAGCCUGAGCGACUUGCUGGUGUGCGCGUGCGGGACCACCCUGAGUUUCGCCAGCAGCGUGCGCGGGCGCUGGUUCCUGGGCAAGCAGGCAUGCAUGUGGCACGGCUUCGUCAACUCUUGCUUUGGUAUUGUGUCUCUAAUAUCCCUGGUAAUACUGUCGUAUGAGCGUUACCGCACCUUGACAGUGUACAACCAGAAGAGCCUGGGAUACCGCAAGCCCUUGCUGGCAGUUGGGGGCUCAUGGUUGUACUCCUUGAUCUGGACGGUGCCCCCCUUGCUGGGCUGGAGCAGCUAUGGUCUAGAGGGGGCUGGUACCAGCUGCUCCGUGUCCUGGACGGAGCGCUCACCCAAGUCUAGCGCCUACAUCGUCUGCCUGUUCAUCUUCUGCCUGGGCCUGCCAGUGACAGUCAUGGUCUACAGUUACGGGAGGCUGUUCUACGCCGUCAAGCAGACUUGGACUCCAGACAAAAUCUUACAAACGAUUUGUUCAGCUGUAUCAGUGUGCUACUUCACCGUUGUCACCGAUGGAAAGACGGGAGACUUUGGAAUACCAUUAUUCCUGCAUCAAAGUAAUAUCUGCUCUCUUAAGCCGCUGUACCGGGAACGCCCAUUCAACCUUCUUCCCCUUCCGUGUUUUUCCCCCACCCAGGUUGGAAAGGUGCGGAGGUCAGCAUCUCGGAAGAGGGAGUUCCGCCUGUUGUCCAUGGUGAUCGUCAUGGUGACGUGUUACCUGCUGUGCUGGACACCGUACGGCAUCGUGGCCUUAAUCGUUACGUUUGGCCGGCGCGGAGCCGUAUCCCCGCUGGCGAGCGUGGUACCUUCUCUCCUUGCUAAAAGCAGCACAGUCAUCAAUCCGGUUAUAUACAUCCUUUUGAACAAACAGUUCUACAAAUGUUUCCUGAUCUUGUUCCGCUGUGAGCUGAGCUCUGCGGCCAACAGCCUCUCGUCCGCGCCCUCCAAAAGCACCUUCAUCCAUCUUGACCGCCACCCCGACGCUGACGCCUCGCCCGGCGCGCUGCGCCCCUCUGCCUGCCCGCAGGAGCCUGGCUGUGCCACGCCGCCCUCGGAGGGGGCAGAUAUUCUGCCCCAGCUCUCCUGUCCUGCUCACGGGUGAACACACCCCCUCCCGUCCAUCCAAUAGCGGCAGCCCGCUGAGCCUCGGCCCUCCCCUGCUCCGAGCAUGCCCAGUGACGGCGUCGUCCGGAGGUCCACGUGUCCUCCCUUUAUACAGGCCCCGCCCCAACCCAAAAGUCUUUGGUUUGUGUGUGAAAAUGUAAAUUGUGUUUCUGUUGAACACAACCCCCAGGACCUUUGUGUGUGCUAGGAAGAUGUGUAUGUGUUGUGUGUAGUGCAGUUAUCUAGCGUUUUGAGAAGUGUGGAUUUGGUCAAAUCCUGCUCUGACUCGUUUCAGAUCUUCGAGGACUCUUUCUCUCGUACUGGCGUGACAACACCUUUGUGAUAUGAACCUCUGGUGUCAACAGUUUUGAAGGAGUCAAGUUUGAAUAUUUGACCAGGAGUGUACGUCAUCCAGCUAUGGUUUCAGCAAAUGACUCAUAUCUGGGGUCUUCGAAACAGUAAGUGUCGUAUAGUGCUCUUUGGUUUUUUCUACGGGCGGUAAAACCAUGAGCGAUGUAAACAUGCUGACCUCAGUGAAAUGUGCCA